CAUCGUGCGACUUAAGCGGUCCACAAUAAAGCAGCAAGUGUGUGUGCUAGUUGCUAAAGCGCUAAACUCUUAACUGUUUUCGUCUACAUAAAAUGAUAAAAUGCCUGCCUGUUGGCUUGUCAGUCAAGAGGAAACACAUAAACCAAUUAUGUUGCCUCAUCUUCAGCCAGUUAUUUUGGGUCGAGGGCCGGAAACGACUAUUAAAGACAAAAAAUGCUCUAGGGAGCAAGUCGAGUUGACAGCAGAAUGCAACAAAUGCUUUGUCAAAGUUAAGCAGUUGGGCGUCAACCCCACCUGCAUAGACUCUGAGGUGGUGGGUCAUGGGAAGGAGGUGAAAAUGAAGCCUGGCCAAUUGCUUUACAUUGUCAACCAGAUGUACCCCUACACUGUGCAAUUCAAGGAAGACAGCAGGGAUAUUGCUGGCACCUACAAAAGACCACUUCAGGUGUCUUCAUUGGAUAAGGAAAGCCACUCAGAGGCUCCGAGUGUCAAAGCAGCCAGGCAAACAGAACAAUUGGAUAGUUCUGUCAGAACCGGAGAGUCGAGGGAUAUAAAGGAAAGUGUUGGACAUUGGAGCCAAGGGCUGAAGGCUUCAAUGCAAGACCCCAACAUGCAGGUGUAUAAGGACAAUAAAGUAGUGGUCAUCAAAGACAAAUACCCCAAGGCACGUUACCAUUGGCUGGUCCUGCCAUGGGAGUCUAUUACUAGCCUGAAGGCCCUGCGCAAGGAGCACUGUAGCCUGCUAGAGCACAUGCACAAAGUGGCUGACCAGAUGGUGCAACGGUGCCCACAUGCAAGCUCCCUAAACUUCCGUAGUGGCUACCACGCUAUUCCCAGUAUGAGUCAUGUGCACCUCCAUGUGAUCAGCCAAGAUUUUGACUCUCCUUGCCUGAAGAACAAAAAGCACUGGAACUCGUUCACAACAGAGUACUUUAUUGAUUCUCAAGAUGUGAUCAGUAUGCUCGAAACAGAUGGACACGUUACAGUCAAAGAAGGCACCAGUGAGUUGUUGAAAUUACCCCUACGCUGCCACCUGUGUUGCAAAGAGCUUCCCACUAUACCAACUCUGAAACAACAUCUGAAGUCUCACUUUCCCAGCUGAGUGGGGUGCUCUCAAACGCAACAUAAUACCUCACACAGUCAUUUUGGUCAUGGGUGUCCAUCUUUUUUCUUUAAUAAAAACAGCCUACAUUGCAGUUUUGUGUUGGAGGUAACCAAGCAAAACAUCCAUGUCAAAUCCUCCCUCUGAAUAUGCAAAUGUGUUAUGUACUUUGGACUGUGUGUUCACACUGAUCCAACUUUAUUGGUGUAAAGCCCAGCGCAGAUACCAAAGUUAUACCCCGCCUCUACCAAUGACCCUAGUAAGGAUAAGCGGCAUAGAAAAUGGAUGGAUAAGAGUGUAUAAAUGAAGAAUAUGAAGUGAAUAAACACUUCCUCCGCUUGGAAGCACUCAAGAGCAUCUGACCAUGUAGGAACAAACAUACAGGGUGUCCCAAAAAUGACAUCACAUAAAAUGUG